CAGUAAAAUCGUCUGAUUACAAUAACGCCACAACUUAGUCCAUCUACAUUCACAGCAUCUAGUUAGACUGACAUUGACACCGAGAGCACCACGUGACUUCAAAGAACAUCCUUCGCAAGCUUUUAAAAUAAGUCGCAAAUAGGCGCUGCGCAGACCGACCGGCGUAUGACAUCAAAGUACCGCGAGAGCGGUUCGUCUCUAAUUGCUCUCGCGGUACUUUGAUAUCACCCAACGAAUGGUCUGAGCAACGGCGCAUAAAGUCGAACACACUUAAUGUGAACCAAUAAGACGAUGUUUUACAGUCCGUUAGGGCAAGUCACCUUUUAGUUUUACACGAUUGAUUUAACUUUUCGUCCAGUCUCGUGAAUGUAAUUUUACUGUAGUUUCCGUCACGGUUUGUUAGAUCUGUCAUGUCACUUUUCAAUGUGACGAGUAACUUGACUCAAAAUGAUGCUGCAUCUUUACGGAUGUGUAGAAAAAGCGAGAGCUCUGAUGAUGACGACAAAAGGUUAAAAAGAAGAGAAAAGAAUCGAGUGGCUGCGCAGAGGAGCCGGAAAAGACAAACCCAGAGAGCCGAUGAGCUUCAUGAGGAAUAUGAGUGUCUGGAACAAGAGAACAGCUUGCUAAAGAAGGAAGUUCAGUUGUUGAUUGAGGAACAGCAACAUUUGACAGAAGCCCUCAAAGCCCAUGAGCCCCUGUGCCCUGUCUUGAACUGUGGUACGGCCUCAACAACAAGGUGCCCAGUGCCAUCUGAGUUUAUGUCUAGAUAGGGUCAGUCCACUUACAUCUGAUCUUUUUUGGUCCUAUUUCAAAGCGAGUCUUGAAACUCUUGAGUUCACGAUAUGAGUUAAUUGUAAGAUUCAUUGGUUGGUGGUUCAACAUUGCCAUAACAAUUUGAGAGAAAAGUUUAAGGGAAGUAUCUGGAUUUUCCCCCUUUGGCUUUAAUAGCAGCAUGUGCUAAACCUGUCCAAAGAGCAUCUCAUGUGCUUCAGGUACUGUAAAUAUGAUCAUUCUUAGUGAGAUGAUGGGCACAAUCUUAAACAUUUUAAUUUUAUUUGACAAUGCAUGUUUUUGCUUUAAAUUUGGCAAAAUCCUAAAACCAUAUUUGUAAUGUGGACUUAAAGGAAAACACCACCGUUUUUCAAUAUAUUACUAUGUUCUUACCUCAACUUAGAUAAAUUAUUACAUACCUAUCUUUUUUCAAUGCCUGCACUUUUAAUCUUUGUACAGUGCUUCUUAAAUGUGUUAACAUUUAGCCUAGCCCCAUUCAUUCCUAUGGCUCCAAACAAACAUUUUAUUUUGUGCCACCAUACUUACAUGUGUAACUACACAUGUAACAGUCUUUAAAUAAGGAAAACAUGGAAGUGUUUGG